AUGUUGCGCGCUACCAGGUCGUUACCCUUGGCCGCUGAGGCCGCCGGUCUUGUGAGAAACGCUCCUUUCCUACGCAAGUCGAGAUGCUUCGCCUCCGCGUCGAAACUGCUGUUGUUGUCGAAUCGUACGAACCUGGGCGUUGCAACGACGCGCAGGCCGCUGGCGUUGGUUGGUGCUCGAGAAGCUUGGAGCCAGCGCAGACAAUAUGCCACUGCCACGGAGGAGACAAACAAGGGGGUGGACCCCAAUGACUCGUUUCUUCAAGGCAAUACCGCCGACUACAUCGACGAGAUGUACAUGGCCUGGAAAGAAGAUCCCUCCAGCGUCCAUGUCUCGUGGCGAACGUAUUUCCAUAACAUGGAAGAAGGCAACAUGCCCAUCUCUCAGGCAUUCCAGCCCCCACCGACUCUCGUCCCUACCCCGACCGGCGGUGUGCCGCAGCACAUGCCUACCUCUCGCACCGCCGCCGGCACCGAAGUAUCGAAUCAUUUAAAAGUUCAACUCCUCGUACGUGCGUACCAGGCACGAGGCCACCACAAGGCGAAGAUCGAUCCCUUAGGUAUUCGAGGAGAAGCCGAAGCGUUCGGAUACUCGAAACCCAAGGAGUUGGAGCUGUCGCAUUAUGGCUUCACGGAAGCGGAUUUGGACCAGCAAUUUGCGCUUGGUCCUGGUAUCCUUCCUCGGUUUGAAACAGAGACGAGGAAGAAAAUGACUCUCCGUGAAAUCAUUGAUGCCUGCGAACAGAUCUAUUGCGGCUCUUUUGGCGUUGAGUACAUCCACAUUCCUGACCGCGAGCCCUGUGACUGGAUUCGCGACCGUGUUGAGAUCCCCCAACCGUACAAAUACUCUGUUGACGAGAAGCGCCGAAUUCUGGACCGUCUAAUCUGGAGUACUUCCUUCGAAUCUUUCCUCUCGACGAAAUUCCCGAAUGAUAAACGAUUUGGUCUGGAAGGUUGUGAAUCUCUGGUUCCUGGUAUGAAAGCUUUGAUCGACCGAAGUGUCGACCAUGGCGUCAAGGAUAUUGUUAUUGGCAUGCCCCAUCGUGGUCGUUUGAACGUUCUAAGCAACGUCGUUCGAAAACCCAACGAGUCAAUCUUCAGCGAGUUUACCGGUACUGCAGAACCUGGUGAUGAAGGCUCCGGUGACGUGAAAUACCAUCUUGGAAUGAACUUCGAACGUCCAACUCCUUCCGGCAAGCGUGUGCAGCUUUCACUGGUCGCGAACCCGUCCCAUCUUGAGGCUGAAGAUCCCGUUGUUCUUGGAAAAACCCGUGCCAUUCAGCAUUAUAACAAAGAUGAGAAGUCCUUCGAUACCGCUAUGGGUGUCCUACUCCAUGGUGACGCUGCUUUUGCUGCUCAGGGUAUUGUUUAUGAGACCAUGGGUUUCCAUGCACUCCCGGCUUACUCCACCGGUGGUACGAUUCAUGUUGUGGUUAAUAACCAGAUUGGCUUCACCACCGACCCCCGGUUCGCUCGUUCGACCCCGUACUGCUCCGAUAUCGCGAAAGCGAUUGAAGCUCCCGUUUUCCACGUUAAUGCGGACGACGUGGAAGCCGUGAACUUUGUUUGCCAAUUGGCUUCCGACUGGCGUGCUCAGUUCAAGACUGACGUCGUGAUUGAUAUUGUAUGCUACCGUAAAUCAGGUCACAACGAAACAGACCAGCCUGCUUUCACCCAGCCCCUGAUGUACAAGCGUAUCGCGGGCCAGACAAGCCAAUUGGAAAAGUAUGUCGACAAGCUGCUCAAGGAGAACACUUUCAGCAAAGGGGACAUCGAGGAGCACAAGAAGUGGGUCUGGGGAAUGCUCAACGACAGUUUCGACCGCAGCAAGGAUUACCAACCCACCAGCAGAGAAUGGUUGACAUCGGCGUGGAAUGGGUUCAAGUCACCCAAGGAGCUUGCCACCGAAGUUCUUCCUCACCUCCCCACUGGCGUUUCUCACGAGGCGCUGACCGCGAUUGGCAAUACGAUCGGCCAAGUACCUGAAGGCUUCCAUGUCCACCGCAACCUCAAACGUAUUCUAGCCAACCGAAAGAAGACCGUCGAGGAGGGCACAAACAUCGAUUGGGCUACCGCUGAAGCCCUUGCCUUUGGUACUCUCUGCUCUGAAGGCCAUGAUGUACGUGUUUCGGGACAGGAUGUCGAGCGUGGUACUUUCUCUCAGCGUCAUGCUGUCCUUCACGAUCAGGAAAAUGAGGAAACAUAUACCCCUUUGAAGCAUCUUAGCGAGAAACAGGGCAGUUUCGUUAUUUCCAACUCAUCUCUCAGCGAGUUCGGCGUUCUUGGAUUCGAAUAUGGUUACUCUUUAACCUCGCCAAAUGCCCUCGUUAUGUGGGAAGCUCAAUUUGGUGACUUUGCCAACAACGCUCAGUGUAUCAUUGAUCAGUUCAUCGCCUCUGGUGAAGUGAAGUGGCUCCAACGAUCUGGUUUGGUCAUGUCUUUGCCUCACGGCUAUGAUGGACAAGGCCCUGAGCACUCGUCUGGCAGAAUCGAACGUUAUCUCCAGCUCUGCAACGAAGAUCCUCGUGUAUUCCCGUCUCCUGACAAGCUCGAUCGUCAACAUCAGGACUGUAACAUGCAGGUUGCCUGCAUGACUACGCCCUCUAACUUGUUCCAUAUCCUGCGUCGACAGAUUAACCGCCAGUUUAGAAAACCACUCAUCAUUUUCUUCUCGAAAUCUCUCUUGCGUCACCCACUCUGCCGAUCUUCUAUUGAAGAAUUCACUGGGGAUUCCCACUUCAACUGGAUUAUUCCCGAGACCGAGCACGGCAAGUCUAUCGAAGAGCCCGAGAAUAUUGAGCGCGUGAUUCUCUGUUCUGGUCAGGUCUGGGCUGCUUUGGUCAAACAUCGUGAGACCAAUGGCAUCAAAAACACCGCGAUCACGCGUAUUGAACAGCUCAACCCCUUCCCAUGGCAGCAGCUUAAGGACAACCUCGACAGCUACCCCAACGCCAAGGAUAUCGUCUGGUGUCAGGAGGAGCCCCUCAACGCCGGUGGCUGGAGCUUUGUUCAGCCGCGUAUCGAAACGCUGUUGAACAAUACUGAGCACCACAACCGUCGUCAUGUCAUGUAUGCUGGUCGCAAUCAAAGCGCCAGUGUCGCCACGGGUCUCAAAGCUAGCCAUAUCAAGGAAGAGCAGGAUUUGUUGAAUGAUGCGUUCACUAUCCACCAGGAUAAGUUGAAGGGGGAGUAG